AUGGGCACUGGUCUUUCUGAUGCAGUAGGAAUACCUUCCGGUUCUGCAGCUAUAUCCUCCAACUGCCAAAAGCGCCGCAGAGCAAUGAGGGAACGCGUGGCUGUGACUGGGGAACAGUAUGGACGUUGUCCCUGGGCACGGCUGGCGACUUCAAGCUCUGCUUCCUCUCUGCUUCGCCCAGGUGUCAAUGCCAUGCUCAGGAAGGUGGCGGUGGCUGCCGCCUCCAAACCCCACGUGGAGAUCCGCCAGGACGGGGACCAGUUCUACAUCAAAACUUCCACCACUGUCCGCACCACUGAGAUCAACUUCAAAAUCGGGGAGAGCUUUGAGGAGGAGACGGUGGACGGACGAAAGUGCAGGAGUUUGGCCACUUGGGAGAAUGAAAACAAGAUCUAUUGCAAACAAACUCUUAUUGAGGGAGAUGGCCCCAAAACAUACUGGACUCGAGAAUUAGCUAAUGAUGAGCUGAUUUUGACCUUUGGUGCUGAUGAUGUUGUGUGCACAAGAAUUUACGUAAGAGAGUAAAAACGUCAAUUUACUUGUCAUCUGGGAUGAAGUGGAGAACUGUGAAAAUCCCCAGUAUAAUGAGUAUCUGUGUGUGCUGUUACUAAUGCGGUGUUGUACGUGACCGUGUGUGUUAUAUCUGAACCCAUAUCCUCUGUUAAGUGUAUUUCGCUUUCAUUUUUCAUCGCAGACACUAUUCCUUCCCACUUUUAUGCCAUCAUUUUUCGUGUCUGCUUUGUAUUUUGUAGUUGUCACUUGUUAUGGUUUCAUCAAUUAUUAAACUUAUUGGGCAUAAC